ACAUUUAUUUCUACCCAGUGCUGCUAAGGCUCCAUACCUAGCUCGAUUCCAAGUUUGUAAGUGUGGGAUAAUGGAACUCGAGAAGCAGGGAAUGGCAGUGAGCUCUGGGCAGGAAGUUAGUACUAACAUUGGACCUGUAGUCUGGCAAGCUGCUAUAUUUAAGGUGGGCGAUGAUGUGAGACAAGACAUGCUUGCACUCCAAGUCAUCUCUAUCUUCAAGAACAUCUUCCAAACUGUUGGCUUGGACCUGUUCCUCUUUCCCUACUGUGUUGUGGCUACCUCUCCUGGGUGUGGUGUGAUCGAAUGUGUUCCCAAUGCCAAGUCUCGAGAUCAACUUGGUCGCAGCACUGACACAGGCAUGUAUCAGUACUUCCUCGAUCUUUAUGGCGAUGAAAACUCUCACAAGUUUCAACAAGCACGUACAAAUUUUGUAAAGUCAAUGGCAGCAUAUUCACUGGUUGGAUUUCUGCUGCAGAUUAAAGAUCGUCACAAUGGAAACAUUAUGCUGGACACUGAUGGUCAUAUUAUUCACAUUGAUUUUGGCUUUAUGUUUGAAAGUUCUCCUGGUGGUAACUUGGGAUUUGAGCCAGAUAUUAAACUAACAGAAGAAAUGGUGAUGGUUAUGGGAGGCAAAGUUGAAGCAGCUCCCUUUCGAUGGUUUGUUGAGCUCUGCAUCAAAGGAUAUUUGGCUGUUCGUGCCCUUCCUGUUAAUACGCGUCUGAUCCUCUAGUUUCUGCACUAGUCA